AUACAACAUUCCCUCCUCUCGCGUCCUCUAACCCAGCAGUAGCCGCGCUACUUACCCUCCGCUCGUGAGAUUGUCUACUGGACGUAGCAACAGAGGUUACUAGUUAUAAAAUAUAAAUCGGAAAUGGAGAAGGAAAUCAUGAAAGAUGUGGCCGAAUGUUUGGAAUUCGUCGUCGAAGAGGUGUCUCGAGUCAGUGAAGAGAAUGAACAACUUGUCGACCAAAACCCUGCUGGGGGCACGUCCGAUCCUGUAGAGGAAAAAAGAGAUGAAACCGUGCAGUGGUCAUCAGCAGAAACGAGUGAGUCCGGCCUAACCUAUAGUGAAUGGGAAAUGCUGUCAAAUAUAAUGCAAGAAGUUGUGGCGGAGAUGGACGAAGCAGGGUUUGUGGUAGAGAACGUUGAAGAGAUGCACGUUGCACCGUAUCAGCUCACAGGGGACAGCAACCGUCCUGUUGAUAUCGAGAUUAUUGUGCUUAAUGGAAGAGAAAACGAAUCAACAGAAGACUCUGAUGAGUUUGUGGUAGAGAACGUUGAAGAGAUGCACGUUGCACCGGAUCAGGCCACAGGGAACAGCAACUAUCCUGUUGAUAUCGAGAUUAUUGUGCUUAAUGAAAGAGAAAACGAAUCAACAGAAGAUUCUGAUGAGAGCACAGAUGACGACGAAGAAAUAAUGUCUGUAGGAUCAAGUCAGGACACGGACGGAGAUAAUGAAACACAGCUUAAUGGGGCUGAAACGGAGUCUGGAGAAGAAUCCGCAGAGAACACAGAUGAAGUCGAGGAAACAAUGUCAGUAGGAUCAUCUGAGGCCACAGACGGAGAUAAUGAAACAAUACAGCUCAAUGGAUCUGAAAUGGAGUCUGGGGAAGAAUUCGCAGAGAACAUGGUAUACGAGGAAGAGCAGGAGGACUCGGACGCAGAUGACUACGCGCUCGUGCUCGAUGACAGCGAAAUGGAGUCUGUGGAAGAAUGGACAGACACCACGGAGUCAACUGUAGAGACUGACUCCAUGUUGGAUGAAGAAGAUGAUGAUGAGGAGGAGGAGGAUGAUGAUGAUGAUGAUCCCAGUGAUGAACAUCAAUCUGCUCGCGUAUUUCGACGACUGGUUGCUUUGUUUCUGAAAAAUAAUCAGACAACCUUCACUGGCUCAUCUGCACAUGAAUAAAUAACAUUUUUGGUCAUACAAAUUGUAAU